UGCCUCCCGUCAGUGAUGCGGUCAUUCUGUGCUGCGUUUUAUCCGCUAUAUAAAGAGCGCAGAGCAGCAGCACCUCACAGCUUCAGUGGACAGCUCCUAGGUGCUGACAGCUCGCGCGCUCACACACUUCAGAUGCGACUCGUGACCGGGACCAUGGAGGGAUUCUCAUGGAAACUUUUCCUUGUCUCCUGCCUGCUUGUUGUGCAGAGUUCCGCGCAAGAUUUCGGACAGACGCAGUUUAUUUGCACGUCGGUGCCCAAAGACAUGGACUUGUGCACCGCCUCGAUGCAGAACAGCGGGCCGGCGGAAGACCUGAAGACCACCAUCCUGCAGCUGCGGGAGACAGUGCUGCAGCAAAAGGAGACCAUUGUGAGUCAGAGGGAGACAAUCAAGGAACUAACGUCCAAGUUGAGCCGCUGUGAGAGUCAAAGCCUCCCGGCGGCGGCGGGACCCGGCGGCAGGCGGCCGGGGUCCAAGAACACCAUGGGGGAUGUUUCUCGGGGCACCGCGGACACUCUGGCGCAGCUGGGACAGACUUUACAGACGCUCAAACAGAGACUGGAGAACCUGGAGCAGUACAGCCGAGGAAACAACAGCGCGCAGGCAAACAGCCUGAAGGAUCUGCUGCAGAACAAGAUAGACGACAUGGAGAAGCAGGUUCUGUCCCGGGUCAACACGUUAGAGGAGAGCAAACCGGGAUCCAAGAACGACACCGACCAGCGGAACAGAGUGGAGUCCACACUCACCUCCCUGCACCACCGGAUCACAGAUCUGGAAAAAGGCAAAGACAUCAGACCAACAGAUGAGUUUCAGCUGACCUUUCCCCUGAGAACAAACUACAUGUACGCCAAAGCCAAGAGGAGCCUUCCUGAGAUGUACUCCUUUAGCGUGUGUCUGUGGAUCAAGUCCAACGCCUCGCCCGGGGUGGGGACGCCUUUCUCCUACGCUGUCCCGGGUCAGGCCAACGAGUUGGUGCUGAUCGAGUGGGGGAACAACCCCAUGGAGUUUCUCAUCAACGACAAGGUGGCAAAGCUGCCAUUUCUCAUCAACGAUGGGAAGUGGCAUCACCUCUGCAUCACGUGGACCACUCGUGAUGGCAUGUGGGAGGCCUUCCAGGAUGGAGUGAUGCGGGGAAGUGGCGAGAAUUUGGCACCGUACCACCCCAUCAAACCAGACGGAGUUCUGGUUCUGGGACAGGAGCAGGACACGCUGGGCGGAGGCUUCGAUGCAACACAAGCCUUUGUUGGUGAGCUCGCAAACCUGAACAUCUGGAAUAAGAAACUUUCCAGCAGUGAGAUCUACAACUUGGCAACCUGUAACAGCAAAGCACCGGCUGGAAAUGUCUUCUCGUGGACAGAGAGCAACAUUGAAAUAUUUGGCGGAGCGACCAAAUGGACCUUUGAGCCGUGCCGUUCCCUUAACUGAGCUGCUGUCCCGAAAGGCCUCUCUGUAUUUCUGAGCUCUUUGUCGUUCCCAUCCUCAUUUGUUAGAGGCUUUCUGAGUUAUUGGUAAGCUUAAAUCUGGGAUUUAUGUCAUUCUUAGGUAUUCACGUGCAAAAACAACCACUUCUCGACUCGAGGGGAAAAGAAUCGGACUCCUCCAUGAGAAACAUUUUGGUAUCUGCUGUUUUUUUCAUCCCUGGAUGUUCCGUUGAAAGCACACCUGAGCUUUUUGUUUGGCUUACUUCGUCUUGGACUGGCAGCUGGCAAUCUGCGCCUUACGUUUUGAUGAAUCACAAUCGGAGUGAGGAGUUACAUAACUGACACCCCCGCUCACACUUCCCUCAGGAGAGUGAGAGAUUACGCUGUCCGUCCAAUACUUGUCAGUAUCUGGCUCCGUGAUGCGAUGUCUGAAGCGGUUCAGCUCCUAAUGACCCCCCUCUUGCUUCCUCUUCCUCUUCCUCCCAUCUACACCCCCCACCCCCUCCCUCCGGAUCUUGCACUGUGACUGAUGAAGAGGACAUUUUUAAAGGAUGAAGGACGAUGCAAAGUCAGACUGUGGUACAAGUCGAUCUGUAAUCAUUUUUUGCUUCAAGUGUUUCUGUAAGAAUGUGAACUUGCCAACAUUGCUACAAAGCCUGGGUGCCUUGGGCUGGUGCAAAUAUUCUGCACAUUUUUCUUUUUCAGUUGCAAACGUUUACUGGUUUGUAUUUGAUUUUUCUGAGCCGGGUUGAGUUCCUCGUCCCUCUCAUUGGUAAAUGUGAUUUAAUUCCGGUUUGUUAUUAAACAUGAUGUGUUUUUGGCAGGUGUUUGUACUCCUCUGUAUUAGGAAUGUUUCAGUAUCUGUAUAGUAACAGCAUGACUGACGGAGUGCUGUGGAAGCAUUGUUGAAAUCUGCUUUACUAUCUUCUCUGGGUCUGGGUUUUUUACUGUAUUGUUAUAAGCUCCAAGCAUGGCACAACUGACAGAUGAAGAAUUUAAUUUUUUUAAAAUAAAAUUGUGAUACUAAAUGUCA